UUCCACAACCCACAACUUUUUUUUUUUUUGGGUAUAUAUACAUAUAAAUAUAUAUAUAUUUUACAUUGAUCGUUUAUUAUUAGUUUUUAUUUUUCUUUCCUUUCAGCUUUGCUUAAGAACCCUAUACACCUAGCUAUACUACUCUUCUCUCUUUGGGCGACUUUCCUUUUAGGAGAUUCAGCUGCUCACUCUCAAGUCCCCCAAUACUAUUUUCUCUUUACUUUCUCGAAUUAACUGAAACUGAAACAGAACCAUUAAUUGUGAGUUGUGAGCGAAAGCGAAACCCUUAAACCAAACUAGUUCUACACUAAUGGCACUCGUUAUUCUUGUUCUGGUUAUCUUCUAAAGUUUUCUUUCUCUCCACUCCAGAUAAAGAAUUUUUUUUGUUGGGGGCCCAUUAAAGAUGGGUGACAACAAGGGAGAAACAACAAAGAAACCGCAGCCACCUAAACAACAGCUGCAGCCGCAGUCUCAGCAGCAACAAAUUUCAUCUUCUUCUCCUAAAGAUGCAAUAUUAGACGAAUCAAACGAAACCAGACCUCACCACCACCACCAACACCAACAGCCGUCCACCAUAGUCGUAAGUGGAGCCGCCACAUAUAAUAUCAAGUCCUUUAUAUAUCCUAGUGGUGCAACUUCUUCUCAACCGUUCGAUCAACAGUUUGAUCAGGCUGCAGCAGUGAAUAAUCCCAAGAGACCUCGAUACACCACUGGCCAAUGGAAGAUACUCCCGUCCCCUUCUUCUCAGCAGAAACAAGCCCAAAUCACAAUUCUCACCGAGAAUCAAGCCCAAUAUCGGCGCCCCCAGCAACAACCACCUCCCCAAGUAGUACUCCACAGUACGGGAGCUUCAUCCUCCGAUACGGCGUCGUCUCCAUCUCACUCUCUUCCAUCUCUCUCAGCCUCCGGUCAAGACACAAGCAAGCCCGAGCUGCCGGGAAACCCAGUUCACCAACAAUUUAGAAAAGGUAAAUACGUGAGCCCUGUGUGGAAACCUAACGAGAUGUUGUGGUGCCGGGCUUGGAGGGUCCAAUACCAAGGCGGGUCAUCAUCGAGACUGGAAUCAGCAAGUGGUACCGAUAAUCUUGGUUCUCAAACUAAAGGGAAGACUAGAGCCGAUAAGGAUAAAGAAGUGGCAGAAUUUCCACGGCAUGGGGUUAAUAGAGACGCUAAAACAGCCGGAACCAAAUGGGAUAACAUUGGAGAGUUUCGGAAAGUUUAUGAGUAAAGAGGAGGCGAGAGAGAACAAGUUGGUAAAAGCUAUUUUAGGCUUUCCCCUUAUGAGAGGAAGCUUCAUAGAUUGCCUGCUUCGUUUGAUGAAGAAGUCUUUGAGGAGCUUUCUCAGUUUAUGGGCUCUAAAAUGAGAACACCACAGACCAGACCAGGAGGUUCCCUAAUUGUUGCCGGAGAAUCUAGAGCUCUUCCUGCUCCACCUCCUUUCAAGGAAGAUGAUCAGUUUACUCUCUCUGCAGUUAGGACGACAAAGCAAUUGAUUAUGGGAACCGGGGUUGAGACAUUUUUAGGUGGGAGAGGGGGCUUAAUGGGGUUUGAGUCGUCUGUAGACAUCGGGGGCCCAUCUCCACCAUCAAUAUCUUCGAAGGAGCUUCGUCGAAUUGGUAAGAUUCGAAUGACUUGGGAAGAAUCAGUGAGUUUGUGGGCUGAAGAAGGUGAGCUCCAUAGGGGUAGAGUGAAGUUACAAAGCUCGAGUUUCUUGAAUGCUGAUGAGCUCACUUACUUGGAUGAUGCCAUGGUUGCCAGCACAAUGGAAGCUUUCGAAGAAGGUCCACUACGAGGCUUCUCGGUUGACAGAUUUCGUUUCCGGACACAAGUCAAAGUUUUUGGCAGGAAAAAGCCUUUCUCGGGGUCGCCAGGCUUCGCUGAGAAAGUUCACCAGCUACCAUUCACGGAACCCUCCUCCGUAAGAUCGAUUCCACCAUGGGAUUUUCAAGAUCCAACUGAUUACUACGUGGGAUGUCUUCGAGUUCCUCCGCCAUCAAUCCCAACCUUGUUCGAGCUCUCAUGGUAUUUACAAGAGGCACCACCGGAAGAGCUACGUUUGCCACUUCGCAAGGAUGUUUAUCGAGACUUACCUCAAGGGAAAGAACAUUUCUUUACAAUCUCAAAUGAAUUACUAGACUGUAGAGCUUUCACAUACGAUAUACUCAGUCCCAUAAUCCGUACAACACCUAGUCUUACCAGUUCCACUUCAACAAGUAGAGACUCCUUUAUUGGCCUAUGGGACGAUUGCAUUAACCGAGUCGUGUCAAAAUUCUGCUCAGUUGAGAUGGUCAUCGUUCGCAAACCCACUAAUCCAUCGUCAACCGAAGUUUUACAAGACCAAUGGCCAAACUUGACAGGUUUUAUAAGAAACUUUUGUUUGUGGAGAGGAGAAGAGACUGAUCAAUUAAGAGAAGGUCAAAUUGACCCAUCUAAUUCAAUAGUGGAAAAACUCCUGUGGACUUAUCAAGACCUUCCAUACAUAUUAGGUUACUACGCAGUUGGGUUUUUGGUAACAUUUUGUGCACUAAGUCGAGGGGCUAAUCAGGACCGUAUAAUCCGGACUGAUCUACAGUCCCUAGACUUAUCCUCACCGUCAGAUCGACUAAAAGCCCUAAUCCCAUGUUAUCGAAUUGCAAUUCUACUGCCUUUACUAGCCGACCGCAGCUUCCACAGCGUUAGCAACAUCAUCAACGUGGGCAGCUCUAAAAUAAUUCCUUAUAGCGAUUUCGAGAGACUCGACAUGGGUAAUGGAAACGUGACGGAGAUUACACCAAACACUGUGACUAGAUUCUACCCCAAUAGGAGAAAGUGGGCCGCAGUCAAAGAAAUAUACGAUUUCUUGGACCACCGGAUCCCACACGCCGAGUUUAUUCACCGGUCGUCGGAGAAAGAUUUGGGCCUGGUGUUCAAGCCCAGAGGUUAUUCAAAGCCCUCCAGGCCCAUCAACUAUGACCAACUAGUAGAGUCGCUCAAGUGCGUGACCAAAGCCCUGGUGGCUUUACACGACUUGUCGUUCAUGCAUAGGGGUUUAAGCUGGGACAAGGUGGUGAGGCGGGUGGACAGAGAGAACGAGUGGUUCGUCUCGGGGUUCGAGGAGGCCGUGGUGUCGCCUCAGAUAUAUCCGAUGGUUCAGGUAGCAGGGAUCGGUGAUCAGGCGCCGUCGCGUGGUAGGCACGCGCCGGAGAUGGAGAGGGGUUUGCAUGGGGUGAAGGUGGACGUGUGGGGGGUUGGGUACCUGGUGAGGACGUGUGGAGUAACGAGUGUGCCGAAGAUGUUGAGGGAGCUUCAGAACCGGUGUUUGGACCAGAACCCUGAACAGAGGCCGACAGCCGCCGACUGUUACCACCAUCUUCUCCAGCUGCAGUCGUCUAUGCAGUCAGCCACGUCUACUGGUGUACUGAUGUGACUCAUAGGAUAAUGUCGUUUCGUUUCUCAGAUCCAAUGGUUCUGAUUCUCCGACUUUCUUUCAUCAAAUGGGGCAUUUUUAUUUUUGAAAUCUUCUUUUUAUUGGGUAUUGGAUUAUAUUGAGGGUCGACGAAAGGGUUUUAUUUAUUUAUUUUAUUAAUUUUUAUAGGAGUGUUUUUAAUGAAUUAUCUGCUUUCGUUGAUGGACGUGAUUUUGGCGGCGGCUGCUGAUACUUGCUGCUACUGUUGCUGGCGCCGCUGCUCUUACGGUUAGUUCCAUCAGAGUAUCAAAUCAGCGUCAAAAACUGAUAUGUAUUAUAUGCUUUUGUUUUACGGUUUUUGGCCAUGCACAUCUCGAAGUCCGGUACCUCCAUUGAUUUCUUCAUAUAUUAUAUAUAUUUAUAUAUUAUUGAACUGUCUUAUUAAUAUAUAUGGCGCAGCACCAUGGGUAAAUAAAUCAAGCUCUUUUUUUCAUAGUAAA